UAACCGGCCGUUUGUACUCAUCAUUUUAGUUUUCUCCUCCUCAUACACCUCUUCCUCUUUCUUGCCGUUGUUUUUCCCCUAAUUCCCUAUAUACUACUCAAGAGAGGGUGUGUGGAAAUUUUUGGUUAAUUUAAUAAAAGUAAGUUAGUUAAGGGCUAUCAAAUUAAUCAUGGCCGUAGGGGGAUUUUCGGCGGCAGGAACCAGCGGCGGACGAGAUUAUGAGGCGAAGAUCACGCCGGUUGUCAUCAUUUCUUGCCUAAUGGCUGCAACCGGCGGUCUCAUGUUCGGUUACGAUAUUGGCAUUUCGGGGGGUGUUACAUCUAUGCCUGAUUUCUUGAAAAAGUUCUUUCCGGUGGUGUACAAGAGGACUCAGGAAAAAGGCCUGGAUAGCAACUACUGCAAAUACGACAACCAAGGGCUACAACUCUUCACGUCGUCGCUGUACCUGGCCGCUCUUAUUGCGACGUUCGGAGCAUCCUACACAACCAGAAAGCUGGGACGGAAGCCAACCAUGUUCAUUGCUGGGAUUUUCUUCAUAGUUGGUACUAUUCUUAAUGCUGCAGCCAUGAACUUCCUUAUGCUUGUUCUUGGAAGGCUCUUGCUUGGUUGUGGAGUUGGUUUUGCUAACCAGGCCGUGCCAUUGUUCCUAUCGGAGAUCGCACCAACAAGGAUACGUGGAGCACUUAACAUCCUAUUCCAACUCAAUGUCACCAUUGGCAUUCUCUUUGCAAACCUCAUCAAUUAUGGCACUGCUAAAAUUGAAGGAGGAUGGGGUUGGAGGCUGUCAUUGGGUUUGGCAGGAGUUCCGGCAGUGAUGCUGACAGUUGGGUCCAUUUUGGUGGUAGACACUCCCAAUAGUUUGAUCGAACGAGGUCGUUUAGAGGAAGGAAAAGCCGUUCUCAGAAAGAUAAGAGGCACUGACAAUAUUGAACCUGAGUUUUUUGACAUUGUGGAAGCCAGUCGCAUUUCUAAGGAAGUCAAACACCCUUUCAGGUCCCUCCUCAAGCGCAGGAAUCGCCCUCAACUCAUCAUCGCAAUUUUCAUGCAGGUGUUCCAACAAUGCACAGGAAUAAACUCCAUAAUGUUCUACGCGCCAGUCCUCUUCAGCACCCUAGGGUUCGGCGGCGACGCCUCCCUCUACUCCGCUGUCAUCACCGGAGCCGUCAACGUCCUCUCCACCGUCGUCUCGAUCUACUCCGUCGACAAGAUAGGCCGGCGCGCCCUCCUCUUGGAGGCGGGCGUCCAGAUGUUCGUGUCCCAAACAGUGAUCGCCGUCGUCCUCGGCCUCAAGCUCCGCGACAACAGCGACGACAUGAGCCGCGGCCUCGCGGUGCUCGUGGUCAUCAUGGUCUGCACCUUUGUGUCGUCGUUCGCCUGGUCGUGGGGCCCGCUGGGGUGGCUCGUGCCAUCGGAGAUCUUCCCCUUGGAGACCCGGUCGGCCGGGCAAAGCGUCACGGUCUGUGUGAACAUGCUCUUCACCUUCAUCAUAGCGCAGGCUUUUCUGUCGAUGCUUUGCCACUUCAAGUUCGGGAUCUUCCUCUUCUUCUCCGGUUGGGUUCUCGUCAUGUCGCUCUUCGUCAUGUUCUUGUUGCCGGAGACGAAAAACGUGCCGAUUGAGGAGAUGACGGAGAGAGUCUGGAAGCAGCACUGGUUCUGGAAGAGAUAUAUGGAUGAUAAUGACGAUGAUGCUUAAUUUACUUAAUUGAGUAGAUUAUUUGUAUACUCUUUUGUGAUUAUUGAGUACUAAUGGUCGUUUUAAUUUGUAUUUCUUUUGACGAUUCAUUCUUUCCCAAAAGAUCAUUUACACGCUACUUGCAUAGUUAUGUUUUAACAUUUUUAUUUUGUACACCUUGCUGAGUUAUGACAAGGUUCUGAUCACAUUCAUUCAAAUUCAAGUUCCAAACAAAGGAAAACAAAUGACUAUAUACUAUAUGUUGGCCUAUAUAAAAAAGGAUUGCUAAUGUUAAUUUUGG